GUUUCGAUUUCAGACAACACAGCUGGAGUGGUGACCAGGAAAGGGGGAUUUCGGAGACUGGAGCAGAGCAUGUACCUGGUGCCAGUUGUUGUAGAGGAUGGCGGGUAUCCUAUCCGAAGCAGCACGGGGAUGGUGACGGUGCGGGUGUGCACCUGCGACACAGACGGCUCCCUCCUUUCCUGCAAUGCAGAAGCCGUCUUCUUUCCUAUGGGACUGAGCACUGGAGCACUAAUGGCCAUAACGCUGUGCAUUGUCAUUUUGCUAGUGAUGGUGGUGCUCUAUAUGGGCCUGAGAAAACAUAAGAAGGACACUCUGAUGUCGUCUAAAGAGGACAUUCGGGACAAUGUGAUACACUACGACGAUGAGGGAGGUGGGGAAGAGGACACUCAGGCAUUUGACAUAGGUACAUUACGCAACCCCAAAGGCAUCAAAGAGACAGCACAGCUGCAAAAAAUAAAAUCAGUGGAUGAGCCCAAUCGGGCUAGUGCGUGUAUGUCCAACGAGGACAGUGAGGACAUCCGAGCCUACAUCCAUCACUGUCUGCUGGAGAACUCAGCACCUCCAUAUGACUCUCUGGUCACGUAUGCAUAUGAGGGAGAGGGUUCGGUGGCUGAGUCUCUCAGUUCCAUUGAGUCCUGGGUGCUUGAACCCAAGGAGGAUUACAGAAAUCUCUGUGACUGGGGUCCUCGUUUCAAAACACUGGCUGGAAUAUUUAAAGAGCAUGAGUAUAAGGACAUGGAAAAGAUGGGAAAUUAAGCAUACGCUGAUGUGCUAAAUGACAGGCUACACAUUUUCAGGCUCUCUGUGAAAAACACAAAGUUUAUUUAUUUCAGGCAUGGCACUUAAAGGUAUAGUUCAAUCUAAAAUGAAAAUUGUCAUGUUAUUCCAAACCUGUAUGACUUACUUUCUUGUGUGUAAAGGUCCGGUGUAAUUAGUGCAAUUUUGCUGAGAUUUCACGUCAAAACAAAAAAGGUCCAUUUUCCAAAAAGGUCUAAGUGAGAAAAAAAAAAUAGCAAUGUAUGAGUCUAUACAAUUAAAGUCAGUGGGGAUAAAAUAUUGUUUUGGACUCUAUUUAUUUUGAUAUGGACAAAAAGGUUGAAACUUCACUGAAAAACAGCAAAAGUUAACAAACCUUGACAAAAUACAAGACAGUUUAAAGAUGAUUUACAAGACAGCUUUUUUCUUUGUCUAUACACUAGUGUAUACAAUAAAAGUCAAUGUGGAUGAAAUAUUGUAUUGGACCCCACUGACAUUGAUUAAAUGAACAAAAAACAGGUUAAAACCUCACUGUCUAUAAAAUGAAAGUUAUUUGCUUUGAUAACGGCCAGCUGCUGUUGUUUUUCCGCAGAAGAAAGUCAAUCAUACAAGUUUGGAAUGUUUAAUUUUCAUUUUGGGGUAAACUGUAUCUUUAAAUUAAGUUGUUAUCUGAGGCUAGGGAAAGACACUGAUAAG